AUGGCUAAGAAUUACACAGCUGGCUUUAUAAAGUCGCCCCUGUCUCAAAAGAAGCUGACUGAGGACAGUGUGGAAUUGCACUGCGAGGCCAUCGGCAACCCCAUCCCAGAGAUCCAGUGGUGGUUCGAGGGGGCAGAGCCCAACGAGACCAUCGUCCAGCUGUGGGACGGUGCCUGGCAGGAUCGGGUCGCCAUCAACGCCACCUACAAGCAGCACUCCACCAGCACCAUCUCCAUCACCAAUCUAACACUCAACGACUCCGGCACAUACGAAUGCCGGGCCAGCAACGACCCCGACCGCAACCACUUGUCGAAGAGCCCCAAAGUCAAGUGGAUACGUUCCCAGGCGAACGUGAUUGUCAUUGAGCGCCCCACAAUCACAGUCUCACAAGACCUGACUGAUAGCUCAGACCUGGUCCUUUCUUGUAACAUAAGUGGAGCACCAACAGAAAUCAAAGGUCAUUACUGGAUGAAGUGGGACACCAAGAUUCAGUCGGAUGAAACUUCUGACGACUUCACUUCCUACACGUUAGAGAAAGUGGAUCAUGAGUCUUCAGGAGAAUACAACUGUUUCUUCGAAACAAACCCAAUCUCAAAAGGGACUCUGUUUGUGAAAGUUCAACCUCAUGUGGUUGCCUACAAGAAGUCAGAGCAGGGGAACGAGAAGGAUACCGGGGUCCUCAUUUGCAAGUCUUCAUCUUACCCCCCCGUCACCCAGUGGUCCUGGUUCAAGAUGGUGGAUGGGGCCCAGCCCAUUGUGAAUGGUACAGAGGACCGAUUCUUCAUCAAAUCCGAUAGCAACAAGACGGAGCUGCGAAUCUUGUCCCUGGACCUUGAGAAAGACCCAGGCGAGUACAGGUGUAACGCCACCAACGAGAUUGGCGAAGACAGCACCAUUGUGGUUUUGCGGGUUCGCAGCCGCCUGGCAGCUCUGUGGCCAUUCCUGGGGAUCGUGGCUGAAGUGCUAGUUCUCGUCACGAUUAUCUUCAUCUACGAGAAGAGGAGAAAGCCCGACGAAAUCCCCGAUGAUGAUGAUGGAGGGUCUGCGCCACUGUAA